AUGGACAACGACGAUGGAUUUGAUUAUUUGUUCAAAAUCGUGCUUGUCGGCGAUAUGGGAGUCGGGAAAACGUGCGUAGUACAAAGGUUUCGUAGUGGAAAUUUUGUCGAUCGUCAAGGUACCACGAUAGGCGUUGAUUUCACAAUGAAGACACUGAAUGUUGACGGAAAACGCGUAAAACUUCAAAUUUGGGAUACUGGAGGCCAAGAAAGAUUCCGUACCAUUACUCAAUCGUAUUAUCGAUCAGCAAACGGAAUUGUUUUAUGCUAUGACAUCACGUGUAAGCAAUCUUUCGGAAGUCUGCAGCGCUGGAUCGAUGAUGUUUCGAAAUUCGCGGCUCCAAAUGUUGUCAAGCUUCUCAUCGGUACAAAGUGUGAUCUCGAAGACCAGCGCUCAAUUGAGACCGAGGAAGCAGAAAUGUUGCAAAGAGCUAACGGAAUGUUCGCCAUGCUUGAAACUAGUGCCAAAAACGAUAUAAACGUUGAUAACGCGUUUCUCGAAUUGGCAACUAUUCUGAAGCGGCAAUAUGAUCAAGGAGUUCUCGAGCAAGGAGCAACUGGCACAUUUCAACUUGGUUCUGGUGGAACCACGUCAAUCAACUCUCCGUGGCAACGCUGUUGUCAAUACACAUAA